AUGAGAUCAGUAAAGAACAGUCUAAUGAGGCCAAUCGACUAGUCAGAAUUGUAAUAACAACUAAUGUAGCCUCAAGCUCCUUUAAGCCAUAGACCCAUCAAUAAAUCAAUAGCAAUGAGUGCUAGUAAAGACAAAGGAAGAUAUUCAAUGCAUUCAUUGCAACUUUCCCCUGAUUUUAAGCCCAAUCAGAAAUAACAUAAGAAAUUCAUUAGUCACUAAAAGACAAAGACAUCAGUUCAGACAUAUUAAAACUAUGGCUUUAGUUUUUAGAAGCCUGAAUAUUAGAGUUCAGAGUAUGAUAGUAUUAGUUGUGAUGUCAAUGACUCUGAGGAAGAAAAGGAAGUAAGCUACUAAGCCAUAAUAAACAAUAGUUCAGCAUUAAAUACUUUACAGUAACCUCUUUAAGUAAUAGAUCACAGAUCACUUAAGGAUUCCUACAAAAAGUAGAUGAGAGCUCAUCGAAUUAUCAGUGUUUAAAAUCCAUCCUAAGAUGCUCUUGAUUACAUGACUUUUAAUCAAGAAGAUAAAAAUAAUGAGGGUACAGAGAGGCUGUAUAGAUAAUCUAAUGGCUAAAGUGAAAUAUCCUAGAACAGACUAAAUAAAAUCUUGGACUAUCUAUUGAACUAGAUUGAACUUUAGAGAUAUUAGUUGAAUGAGGACCUAAGCAUGUGCUAAGCAAGAUUUGUAGACCAAAAUUAAGUUUUAUUGCUCAAGUAAGCUGAGAUGGUCUAACUUAACACAAACAUUAAGGUACUUUAAGAUUAUCUGGCUUAAAUUGAGAAGAAGAAUAGUGACUUGCUUGAUGAAUUAGAUUAUCAGAAAACAAAAGCAACUAAUCAGAAGUUGAAAAAAGCUUAAUUGCUGGCCAAAGUGAAGCAGAUGUAGCAACAGGAAUCAAAAUAUUAUUAGGAGGUUUAGGAUUUAAACUAGAAAUUAACUUCAACGAGAUAAGAAUAUAACAAAAUUGCUAUCAAUCAGUAAAAGCUUAAUCAAUCAGGAACAUUAAACAAAAAUUUUGAUGAGGAAUUUAUAGAGCAGCUGACCAGAUUAUAGAGAAUUAAGCAAGAUCAGGAACUUUCAAUUAUUACCUUGAAGGAUAUUAUUAACAAACAGAAGUUAUAGAUUUAAAACCUUAACGAUUAAUUGACUCAAUAGAAAGAGGAUCACUCAAAUGAUCUUGAUAUACAGAAAAAUCAGUUUUCUAUCAUAAUAAAUCAAAGAGAAAAACUAAAAGAAUUAGAAGAUUAAAUUGUGCAAUAGAAAUCACAUCUACUUUAAAAAGAUAAAGCACUAGGAGAUACUGAAAAAAACUUCUAUAAGUAAAACUGGACAAUAAACUACAAGAGAAAGAGUUAAAUUUGCUUAAUUCUUCAGAUGAUAGCUAAACUAAGAUUGGAUUGA